AUGAUCCAGUUCUUGGUGUUGUAUCCAUUUAUUUGCGUUAGCACCGUUGCCUUCAGUUGGCAACCACUGCGCCAGCAACCGAAGCGUCAUUCUUCUCCAUUGUUUCUGUCCCGAUUGUCGAGUUUUGACCAUGUGGAUUGGCAGUCCAUUUUGAAUGAUAUUGCCACGGACAUUCAGCCCUAUCUGGCCAAGGGAAAAGUAGCUUCCUACAUUCCUGCCUUGGCAAAUGUCGAUCCCCACCAAUUUGGAAUUGCCUUUACCGAUAUUCGAGGCAAUACGUACAAGGCCGGCCCGAGUGCCGAUACUCCCUUUUCCAUUCAAUCCAUUUCCAAAGUAUUUGCCUUGGUCAUGGCAUUGGACCUCGAAGGAGAAGCACUCUGGAAAAAAGUCGGACGAGAACCUUCCGGAGGCAGGUUCAACUCCAUUGUGCAGUUGGAAAGCGAACAAGGGAGACCUCGAAAUCCAUUCAUCAAUGCAGGAGCCAUUGCCGUUACCAACAGUAUCCAACAACAUUAUUGUAGUGGUAGCGACAGUAAUAAUAAGGAAGAUGACAAGAAACUCUAUACACGACAAUACACCCACAAGACCAGUCCGGACGAGUACAAUUCCAUUGCCAUUAACAAAAUACUGGACUUUCUAAAGACGUGUGCGCAAACUGAUCAGGACAUUCGAAUCGACCCCGAGGUGGCGCGCAGCGAAGCCCUGUUUGGAGACCGGAAUCGGGCACUGGCCUACUUUAUGAGAUCCUAUGGGGUCGUACAGGGAGAUAUCGGACAAACGCUACACACAUACUUUCAUCAGUGUGCCUUGGAAAUGAGUGUCACCACGCUCUCAAAGGCAGGACUCUUUUUGGCAGCAGCAGGGCAGAAUCCACUCGCAGAGGAUGAUGGUGCCAUGUUGGUCACUUCACAUGACCAUGUCGACCGCGUCAACUCACUCAUGAUGUUGUGUGGACAUUAUGACAUGUCAGGUGACUUUGCCUUUCGGGUUGGCCUCGCGGGGAAAUCUGGUGUGGGAGGAGGGAUCUUGGCGGUGGUACCAGAUGUAGGAACAUUGGCAGUCUGGUCUCCUCGACUCAACAAAGCUGGCAACUCGUACGCUGGAACCUUGGCUCUGGAAUGGUUCUCAGGGCGUACAGGCGUCAAUCUAUUCUAA